UUUUAUUUUGGAAUUUUUAUUAAAAGUUGCUCAUAUUUCUGAUUAAUUUGUGAGGAAAUGUCCUUGCAUAUUUUUUCUCUAUGAAUUUCCUGCUGUUUCAAGAUCUGAUUUAAUGCAGAUUUGUUUUUAUUCAUUUUUUGCCAAGUAUGAUCAUUACACCCCCCGCUCCCCUCCAAUCUUCAUUUACUGUCCUCUGAGAAGCAAAUGAGAAAGCAAGGUGUUGCAGGGAAUAAAUAUGAGUCUAGGGAAUUUAAAAACUGAUUGGUUCUAGUGUGCUGUUAGUGGGAGUUUUUUUCCUCUCCCUCCAACAGGAAGUGAUUUGCGGUGUUCAGCAAGCCUUUUGUUGAGAAGGUUUUCUCAGAUCAGUGAGUCAUGCUUCAGCUCUGAGCCGGCAGGCAGCAGCCAGCAGAGAGUAUUUGCUCUUUCCUUGCAGUGUCCGUGAUCAUCAGCGACAUUCAUCUCUUUUCUGUUCCAGUUUUGGGGAUUUUUUUCUUUUCUUUUUGAGAAACAGCUCUAAGAAGAAAAAGCAGGAGCAUCGCAGCUUGAAAAACUGCACCCCAAAAACUGGCAGGGUUGUUUUUUUUUGUCCUCUACUUCUUGUGCUACAGUGUUGUGUUUCCACAGAUUUGGUCUCUAACGGAUUGUAUUUCUGCUCUGGAUUUUAUUGAGAAACGAUUGGACUUUGGUGACAGCAACAGCUCUGCACAUUGAACCGCCACUGUAAACUCAACAGAGAGGAAAAAAAAAAUUACAGUCAGGUGGCCUGUGAUUGCUGAGAGGCGUUCGCUGCCUGUGCUACUGCUGCUAUGUUACAGGAGAGGGUUAUCAGCGCGGUUCGGCCACGUCUGCCUGCACGCCUGUGAAGGAGGCAGACUGUGUGUGUUGGUUGGUUGGUGGAGAGAAGAGGAGCGAGCUAUAGAGGGAAGGGUAUGCUUCACCGUACCAAGUAUAACCGCUUCAGGAAUGAGUCAGUAACAUCUGUCGAUGAGCUUCUCCACGGCCUGUCCAUGAACCCCAAGGUCUCGGCCUCCUCCCAGUCUGCUGCCGAGACAUCCUUCGCACCCCCAAGUGAGGUCCAGCCCUCAUCCACCGCUGCCGUCCCUUCCAGCAACACAACCAGCCACGGCUCAGAGCAUCUGGAGGAUGGAGGCACCACCCUCUGCACCCUCAUCAACAAGGUCUCCGGUCUGAAAUUCAGCAACUCGGGCAGCCUGCUUGGCAUCAAGGGUCUACCCUCGGCCGUCAAGGACCUGGCCGUGUCCAAGCUGCAAGGGGGUGGGGGUGCGGGCUCCAGCCCCAGCAGCGUGGCGGCGGCAGCAGCAGCAACAGCCGUCUCUGGUGUGGGAGGGUCUCAGUGCAGCUCCCAUUCAACCUCCUGCACACAGUUGGAGACAGCUGUCAACAUGAGCAAGAAGAGCAAACUGGACGAUCUCCAGCCUAGAGGAGACGAUUGGAAUCCAGGUGGGGGUGGUGGACUGGUGAGCAAGCCCUCCAGAGGAUGGCUGCACUCGAAUGAGAAGAUAUCUGGCCCAGGAGUCACAUACGUUGUGAAGUAUCUGGGCUGCAUAGAAGUCCUACGAUCGAUGAGAUCCUUGGAUUUCACUACAAGGUCACAAAUAACAAGGGAAGCUAUCAGCCUGGUGUGUGAAGCAGUUCCUGGGACCAAAGGAGCGCUGCGGAAAAGAAAGCCACCAUCCAAAGCUCUAUCCAACAUUUUGGGCAAGAGUAAUCUCCAGUUUGCUGGCAUGUCCAUCAACCUGAAUAUCUCCACUAGUAGCCUCAACCUAAUGACCCCCGACUGCAAACAGAUCAUUGCCAACCAUCACAUGCAGUCUAUCUCUUUUGCAUCAGGUGGAGACCCUGAUACAACGGAUUAUGUUGCCUAUGUAGCAAAGGACCCGGUCAACAGAAGAGCAUGUCACAUCCUUGAAUGCUCUGACGGGCUCGCUCAGGAUGUUAUCAGCACCAUCGGCCAGGCGUUUGACCUUCGCUUCCAGCAGUACCUGCAGUGUCCCUCAAGCAAGAUGUCCUCAGUCCAUGACAGAGUAUUAAACAUGGAGGAGUUGGCAUGGACAGAGGAAGAAGAGGAGUCAACAGAACAUCCUUAUUAUAACAACAUCCCCGGCAAAAUGCCACCCCAAGGAGGCUUUAUUGAUACUCGACUGACGAAUCAGAAUGCUGCAUCUGAAGGAGGCCAGACUGGUUCGGGCUCGGUGGAUCAGACGUACUACCAGGGACGGCAUUGUGAAAACUGGGCUGAUGAAAGGAAAGCCAUCUUCCUGCAGCAGGGAUCUUUUGAUAUCAGCAGUCUGCCAGAGAAUAAAGGUCAGACGCCAAAAGCAGCGGAGAUGCCCAUGUAUGUGAACACCCAGCAGAUUGAUGCCCAGGUGCUUGCAGCUCUCCAGGCAGAAGCAGAAAAUGCCACCAAGGGCAUAGUAGAGGCAGGCAAAGAGAGCCCCCAGAAGGACCUGUUUGACAUGAAGCCCUUUGAGGAAGCCAUUCAGUCCCAGUCCCAGCCACUGGCCCCGGGGCAGUCCCAGACUCAAGUGUCCAACCUUCAGAAGGCAGCUUCUGUUGACAACUCGAGCCCUCUCCUUGUGCGAUCUUUGGCUUCCCGUGCGCAAGAGGAGCUGGAAGGUCAGACGUGGUACCAUGGCAAAAUGAGUCGCCGUGAUGCUGAGAAACUGCUUAAGAGCGAUGGGGACUUUCUUGUCCGCACAAGCACUACCAACCCAGGGUCCUACGUUCUGACUGGUAUGCACAAUGGACUUGCCAAGCAUUUACUGCUUGUGGACCCUGAAGGGACGGUACGGACAAAAGAUCAUAUAUUUGACAGCAUUAGCCACCUCAUUGGCCAUCAUCGUGACAACAAUUUGCCAAUUGUCUCAGCUGGGAGUGAACUCUGUCUCCAUCAACCUGUUGAAAGGAAAUUGUGAUGCUUGAAAUGCCUGAUGGGAAGCAGAGGGCCUUAAAUGCCCUCUCCUGGAACUGGAAGAUGCCUACAAAAGGCUCAAUGUGCUCAACACUGACCUGCUUUACUGGAGUCACUGGAGUACUCAACAUUUGUUAAGGAUUAAGGAAAACUAUUUAUAGAAUUGCUAUUAUUUUGUUGUGAUGACUGAAAUGCUAUAUUUUUGAGAAAAAAAAAUGGGUGCAUUUGGACUUAAUACUUUGAUUUGGUGUUUAAAGAAACAAUAAAGCGACAAAUUGUUCUUGUAGUUUAGAUGAAGUGCAAAUAAAACCUCGAAGAGGCGAGAAGAAUAUUUUAAAAUAAAACUCUAAACUAAGUUUUGUCUGUCAAGCACAACCAUAUUUCUACUGAAAGUGUUGACUCAGUGGUUGAAGAAUCAGAAAAGGCUCUUUUAAAUAAAUUCUAAUAGGAAAAAAAAUGCCCUGAAACUGACCAUUAGUGUGACAGCUUGAUUUAUUAGUCUCCAUAUGAAAGCUACUUUUGUUGGAGAUUGAAGCCGAAUGUGUUGUCACAGUGUCGGGGAGCAAACGGACACCUUUUCAUACUGCUGUCAAUGGCUUUAGAGAUCAGCCUUUUUUAUAAUUAUAAAGCAUUUCCUUGUGUCACUGCAGCCGCAUGACUUCAAAUCAAUUGUUCUCGUGGCCGUGUUCGUAGACCUUGAUUCCCCUUUAUUUGAAAGGAGGUGCUUGUGUAUGCUGACACUGUAAAAAAAAAAAUAUAUAUAUAUAUAUAUUUCUGCUUUUUCAACCAGUGGUUUGUUUUGAAUUGGUUUUCUCUGACUUCUUUUAGGUGUUUCGUCGGUGAUUAGUUUUUGGUGCUUGAUUCAUACAGUUUAAUAUCCUCCCAUUUUAAAUGAACACGCUUUGCUCUUUGGGUGAACUUUUUAAAAAGGGUUUCUGUUUCUUGAAUGAUCACAAAUGAAUAGCACAAUCAGAGAUCUGUUUCAGUCGUACUAGAGGAGUGAUCACUGUUUCAAGGUGUCAUUAAUGGAAAUGUUGCUUUUACAUCCACUAAGGGUAGAACAGAUUAUUCGCUUGCACUUGAAAAUACAGUUGCAUAGAUUCAAUGUGUUUAUCUUUAAUCAUGACUAGGCAUGGGCUGGUCAGUGUUAAAUCUAUAAAUAGCCCUCAUUUGGACCUAUAUAUUUAGGUUUAGCUCACUCAAAACUGUCAGCUAGGUCUAAAAGUGGUUUAAGCUUACAAUUGUUUUAAAAACUCCACAAAAAGUCUGUAGAUUGUGCUAAAAUGACAGAAGCAAAUUUAAAGACAGCUUGGUUUUGUUUUAGUAUGAAUGAAUUUUAUCCUUUUUAUCAAAUGAAAUAUUAUGGUAAAAUGUCUUCCCAAAUAUUCUGUUUUUUAGAUAAAGAGGAGUGGUAAAAACCAUGUACAUACUUGUACUUAAAUUGCAAUGUGUUUUUACUUUCAAGCAGUAGAGGGAGUACAUUCACAACAAAACCUUUUAUUGUUUAUAUAACCGGAAAUAAAGUUCGGUUCCCUUCUAAUGAAGAAAGAAGAGCUAGGAUCCUAAUUUCCAACCAGAACUGCUGCACUCUCCCACAGAGGCUGAUUAAACAGAGAUUAUGCUGUGUUGGCAGAAUAUCUGAGGCAUUUGAUGAAUUCAUUUUGUUUUGUUUUGAGGGGAAAAAAAUCAGUAAUUACUUAGAAAUGAUAGUAAAACCACAGCUGGUAAACCAGAAAAAUCUUGUUGACUCAUAGCUCAUUUAGUAAAGAUAUAGUUAGUAAUCUAGAUUCCCCAAAUCUAAUAAGUUCAUUCCACUGCUUUUUUUAGUCUUAGUAAAACAGGACUAUAUUCAGACUUCUAGUAAACAUAAAAAUAUAUAGGGAAAAAAGCCGAAAAAUGGUAAGGGGUUUUGUCAACAUAUAGGAAAAUACUAUGUUUCAAUUUAUUUUAUUUUAAACUGAAAGCAAGAAUUAUUCAGUCAGUUGCUAAAAUAAGCUUUAAUAAUGUCAUCUACAACAUUUUUCCAUAUGUAUGAUUUAAAAAGUAGAGAAAACAUCACUAACUUCAGUAGUAGUUGUUCAGGUGAUUAUUGCCUAGAAUAAUUUUGCCAUGUUUUAUUUUGCCAUAACAAUGGAUUCAAUUAAUCAAAUGUUGUAAAGGUAGCCAGCUUUCAGUCAGAUAUAUUGCUUGUUGCUUCCCAAUUGUUGUUUCUGAAAACUGCUUCAGAAACUGAAGUUAUGCCUUCACUUUCUCUGGUAAUGCUAGCCAGCCUAUGCCUAAUCAUAUAUAUACUUCAGCCACUAGGUGCCAUAAGAGUAGCUUUUGUUUGAGUAUUUGUUCAUUUUAGAUCAAAGUUAAUGCCAUCUGUAAACAAUUGCUCCUAUAAACAGUUUAGUGUUAGAUCUUACUAUUUCACGAAGAAAGAAACCCAAAUUUUGAUAGGGUUAGUAGAAAUGAUCUGCAGCUGCUCUGGAAACUGCCUGUUUUUCGUUUCUUCUCUCUCUUUUGUUUCAAAUGGCUUCAUUCUUACUGUUGUCAGGACUCUGAUGGAUACCAAAUGAAUGGGGCAUUGUAUUUGAAAUGCACUCGACCACUUGAGUUGUACCAAAACAAGUACGUGUUCAAUGAGUUUGACAAGACAGAUGCAAUGUAAUAUAAUGUGCCUGUGUUUUGCUGCAAGAAGGUGUGUAUAGUACAGGAACUACACAGUAACCUGUUUGGUCAUGGACCUUUGGCAUACUAUAAAACACUUUUACUUCUUUACAUCUUUUACUUCUGCAAUGUUUGUGACUAAAUUUGAGCAAACCUGAGGACUUGCAAAAGGGAACAGUACAAAAUUUUCUAUAAAAAUAAACAACAACAAAGAAACAAGCAAAUUGGACAAAAUUUUGAAGGUGAAAACAGCUUCAUACUUGAAUGUAACAGACUGAACCUUAUUAGGUCUGCAAUGUAAAGAAACUACUCGACUAAAAAUGCUUGGACACUGAUGGCGUCUUUCCAGAUUUCUCUUGACUGAAAUGUGCCUUUAAUUUGUACAAAUGGUGUGUUUUUCUCUCCCAUUCUCUCCCUUCAGUGUGCAAUAGCUGAUCUUCAAUGGGGCAUGCCUGUUCACUGGAGGUUGUUUUUACCCUGCUGCGUGUUGCUGCUUGAGACUAGUGUUCUCACUUUAUCUUGGUCUCUUUCCCUCACUAUUAAUAUGUAUUAUAAGUGUCAUUAUUUCUGGGUUAUACAUUAAUGACAGAGGGUGUCACAGAAAAACACUAUUUCGGGACAGCUAUAUUUAAAAGUAUGAAAUAAAAACGAGUCCAAAUGAUGUUUACAGAUGUUUAAUCUUUUAGUUGUAUGGGUUCGUCAUUAUUCUGUAUGACUGUUUGGCAAUAAAAUUGUGAAUGUG